AUGGCAGGUGUGCUAGAUAUCUAUUGCAUCAAGCAGAAGGAAGCAAUGGGGUUGACACGGAUAGCCUGGGAGGAAGUCAUGGUUGAAAUAAUUGCCAACUGCUGGCGUCACACUCGGAUUGUCUCUCCUUGUGGUCUGGAUGGCUGCCUUCUACCAACUGAGGAACCUGCAGCACCACCUGAAGACUAUGCAAAUGAUGACAAUCUCUGUGCAGCAGUGGAAUGGCUGCAUAUCUCGAUCCAAGAACUUCAAGACCAUGGUAUCCUCCCUGAAGCACACAGAAUGGAGGUCAACAAAAUGCUCAGUUUUGCAGCAGAGGAGAACACAGCACAGGAGCUAACAGACAAGGAGAUCAUCGAGCUGGUGCAGGUACCAGAGGAGUCCGAGGCAGAAGAAGAAGAGGAAUAG